AUGGCAGAGCAGCACAGCGCACCGGAGCAGGCUGCGGCCGGCAAGAGCCAUGGCGGCCUCGGGGGCGGCUACAAGGUGAUCGUGUACGAGAUGGAGAACUUCCAAGGCAAGCGGUGCGAGCUCACAGCCGAGUGCCCCAACCUGACGGAGAGCCUGCUGGAGAAGGUGGGCUCCAUCCAGGUGGAGUCGGGCCCGUGGCUGGCGUUUGAGCGCAGGGCCUUCCGCGGGGAGCAGUACGUCCUGGAGAAGGGGGACUACCCUCGCUGGGACGCCUGGUCCAACAGUCACCACAGCGACAGCCUCCUGUCCGUCCGACCCCUGCACAUUGAUGGCCCGGAUCACAAACUGCAUCUCUUUGAGAACCCGGCUUUUGGCGGCCGCAAGAUGGAGAUAGUGGACGAUGACGUGCCCAGCCUCUGGGCUCACGGCUUCCAGGACCGCGUGGCGAGUGUCCGGGCCAUCAAUGGGACGUGGGUUGGCUACGAGUUCCCGGGCUACCGCGGGCGCCAGUACGUGUUCGAACGGGGUGAGUACCGCCACUGGAACGAGUGGGACGCCAACCAGCCGCAACUGCAGUCCGUGCGCCGCAUCCGCGACCAGAAGUGGCAUAAGAGAGGCGUGUUCCUCAGCAGCUGA